AUGGAGCAAAAUCUUCGAAGGAUCGACUACCGCCUGCUUCAAGGCUGCUGCCUCGAAGCCGAGCACGCCGACAUUGUGUCGGUGAGCAUGGAAGGGCUCCGCAUGACUCUUCCUGAAGCAUUUGGGGGCACCAUUACCACUCUCGUCGACGAGAUACGGAAGUCUGGAAUGAUGUUGAGGGAUUUGGCGGAUCGAUCGCAGAUGCAUUUCAACAGGGUGCCAAUUUUGCUCAACUAUCUUGAAAUCCUUCUUCCAUGUUUAUCCCGGACACUGGACGAUAUCAACAAGUUUUACGAAGAUCGGACCGUGAGCAAGGACAUGCGAUGGCGAAAGAUGUACCACAAAAUGACCCAGGAGGCUAAUGGCUUGCCACUGCCUCAGAGGUUCAUGCUCUAUAAUCAGUUUUUGGAUUGCCUUCGAUACCUUCUAAUGAGGUCGCCACUCUUCGAUCUCAAUGCCUUGGAAUCGCUUCGGACUAGAAUAAUUGAGUUGGGACAAUCAAUAAGACUCUCUAUGCCUACAACCCUAAUCGAGCCCCCCCUUCAGCCAGAGACAAUGCUUGGACCAAUGGUCCAAGAUCCGACAUUACACUGGGCAGAACAGAUCUUCUCGCUCCCACUCACGUCCCGAACGGCUUUGAAGCACACCAGACCAUCGGCAGCUUAUGGUCCUUUCCAGGCGUGGGGACAGCUGAACAUCCCCAAGGAGAUCAAGAUGCUCUUCAGGAGACCAUUCGAUGAAGAUCGCCUUGCGUUGAUGACCUACCUAAACCAACUCAACCAAACUCCCUACUUUCUCCUUAGGACGUAUCAUCUCGGAGCCCAAUGGUUCUCGCUACGUGGUACUCACGAACUUGUCAUCAAGCGGGAAGCCAGCUCCUUGCAAUUGGACCGAUGGAGUGUCUCCCAGAGGGCCCCGAAGCUGUGGGCAUCUCUCUAUUUCAAGACCUGGGAGGAGUUAGUCUUAUUCCACUGCACGUUCGUCUCACUCAAGGCUCGGAAUACCCUGACUAUCAAUAUGAACCCAAGGGAGUUCAAGCUGCUUGGAGAAAAGCGACUGUUCCAAGCCCAAAUAUUCGACGAUGGCUUCAAGCAUGCACUCAUUGUCUACCGUGACCUUGCCACCCAAGGUCUUCGUCUCCACGCCUCAGUAUGGGACGGCGAACUCCGCUAUUGUCCAGUUUGGACCGCCUUUGUCACUCACCAGUCCGCCUCCCCAACCUGGCUUCAUCGCAAAUCCGGCCACCGUGUCUGGCUCAAGGAUGUCCAGCUCUACGUCUUUUGCGAACAGUACCAACAGCAGCAUCAGAGGAAAGGCCAGGCCGGCGCCUUUGAGAUCGACUUUGUCUCCGAGAUGGGCGCAAAGCAGUUCAUUGAUGUUUUCCAGCCGCAGUCGGAGCCAUCUGAGGCGUCUACUGACGGCCCGGACGCCAUCGAGGACUCGAAGUAA